AUGAGUUUCACCGGUAAAGUGGCAAUUGUGACUGGUGCUGCCUCCGGAAUAGGAGCGGCUACAUCUAAAGCAUUAGCUAUUGAAGGUGCUAAGGUAGUCCUGGUAGAUAAAGAUGAAGCAAAACUACAAGAAGUCGCCAAGCAAUGCGCACAGCACGGCAGCAAACCUCUCAUCAUCACAGCAGAUAUCACUAUCGACGAAGAUGUCAGAACCAUAGUGAAAAACACGAUCGACAACUUCGGACAGUUAGACGUGCUGGUCAAUAAUGCGGGGACUACCAGGCAUUCAUCCAUCUUAGACGAAAAUCUUAUGGAACAUUUCGAUCUACUUAUGAACACGAAUCUGCGCUCCAUGGUUUAUUUGACACACCUCGCUGCUCCAUACCUGAUCAAGACUAAGGGUAACAUCGUCAAUCUUGCGAGUAUCGUUGGAUUACGCGUCUUAUUAGGUAGUCUCUUGUCUUAUUCGGUUUCAAAAGCAGGUGUAACUCACUUCACUCGCUGUGUUGCCUUGGACUUGGCUCCACAUGGAGUGAGAGUGAAUGCUGUAGCUCCGGGAGGCACCAAGACAAACAUAAUAGAAAAUGCAGGGAUGUCAAACGUGGAGGAGACAAUGGAGGUAUGGAGGAGUGAACACACUGAGUUGAAGAAGUUGUCGGAGCCUGAAGAGAUUGCAGAUCUAAUUCUGUUCCUGGCGAGUGACAAGGCUAGGAGCGUUACUGGAUCGACGUAUGUUUGUGAUAACGGAGCACUCUUGACAUAAAUGUUUACAAGCUUGAAUUUUGAGUGCUGCAGAUGCUGCAGUUAACCUAUAGGAUAGAAGUUAUCCGCUCUCAUUGUUGUCUUCAAUAUGUGAAAAAUUUCGGUGAAACAGUUUCAUGUUAAACAGUUCUAUUUGAAUCAAUAGUGUAUUAAAAACUAGAAAAUAAUAAUUAGUAUAGCAAUCGUAGUUCAACAUACUACCCGUGUUCCUUUCUGAAGAGUACAAGUAAUCAUGUAAGACGGGUAGCACAUUGUUGGGAGAGUCUCUGGAGUCAGAUUUUAUCAAACUACAGUUUUUUUUUAUACUACGUCGGUGGCAAACCAGCAUGCCCGCCUGAUGUUAAGCAGUCACCGUAGCCUAUGGACGCCUGCUACUUCAGAGGAGUUACAUGGGCGUUGCCGACCCUUUAAAAACCUGUACACUUCCUUUUAUGGAGAACCCCAUACUUAAGACCCUCGGGGAAACCUUGGCAUCCCGCUCAUUCCACGUAGCCGGAGCGUCCGCGGGAAUUUAUCUUUAUGCUGGCCGUAAUUUGCGAUUGUUGAACACAUCAUAGGUUUAUGAUAUGUGUGCAGAUAUCGGCGGCCGUGUAAUGUUUUGACCAAUAGAUAGGUAGGAUAGGUUAGUUAAAUUGCUGCAGAUGUAGAUUGCAAAAUCUCCAAAAAUAGGAGCCCGUCUAAUCAGGAAACGAAACAAAGAUUUUCACGUUUCACGAUAUGCUUAGGAAUUUCACGAUCUGCCUGAUAUUACGAUCGGCCGCCGAGACACAUGAACAAUCUCUUAGAGUGUCCAAACAUUACCAACUUACAUAAUUUACCCUCGCAAUUGAUAUCACAUCGUUAAAUUUUUAUAAGACUAGGGUCAAUUUUCUAUGAAACCAUUAUAUGAAGCUAAUGUGCAAUAUAACGGUAAUUUAUAUCAAAUUAAAUAACGUUACGCUAUAAAAACGUAAUACCUUUAUCACUAAGAAAACGUUAAUUUUAAAACAUACAAUGGUACAUUUCAUUCUUCCCAUAGUAACUCAAUUACGUACAACCCGGUGUUAAAACAGCUUAAGUGCCAUGUAUUGUAUAACAAAAUACUACGUUUUGUAUAAAGCAGUUAUAAUCAGAAUAUUAACGCCUAUUUAAUCAUCGCCUUCUUAAAAAAAUUACACCAGAUGUUGGGUAUUAGAAAGUGAAUUCUAUUUGAGGGGUGAAAAGGUUGAAAAUGGUUUAGUAAUGCAAUAGUUUUUAGGG